AAUUUCUUGGAGCUGUCGCGUAGGAGGGUGUCCAACCGAAGCAGCACUCCUCAACGUGGCGCUCUCCCGUUCCAACGACAACCAUAGAAACCCUUCUCCUCUUCUCCCAUUCCUCUUCGUCCGAUCGAGCGAGGUAUAGAGAAAGAGAGAUGGGAGCCUCAUCGUCUACCGAGCAUGGCUCAUCAUCCCAAGAGCAGCAGCAAGAAGAAUCCCUCGCAGCUUCCACCGGUUCCCUCCCCACCCUUCGGACUGCCUUCUCCAAGCUCUCCAAUCCCAAUUCCUCCACCAUCCCCCUCUCUUCUCUCCAGGAGGCUUUUUCUCUAAAAGUCGCAAACUUUGCAUCUGAAUCGCCCCCAAUACCGGUACAUUUUCCCCAAUUAAUGCUUAAUCUCGGCCCAUCGGUCGCCUCCCUCUUCUUCGCUGCUGUUGAUGGUACGGUUGGGGUUGAUUGGGUUGGUUUCUUGAGAGGCUUCAAUCGGUGCUGCGCGAGGAUGCCUGUCUCAUCAUCCCUCAAUUUGCUGUACAAGAUUUACGCCACGACGUGCGGAAAAGCUGGGAUUCCGUGCAAUUUGGAGUUUGAUGCGGAUGCUGAUGAUGGGAAGGUUGGCGGGUCGUUCGAGUCGGGCGAGUUGCUUAUGCUUCUGUGGAUGUGCUGGGUCAUGGAGCAGGGGUCGAGGAUUUCGAAGAUGUGUAAAGGGGAGAAAGAUCCUGUCGUGCUACCUGAUGUGAUCCUAUUGAUGCUGUCGGCGUUUGUGUCGUGUGGGGUGGUGGUGGAGGAUGACGAGAAAGUGCGGCAUUGUGAGGUUUUGGGUGGUGAUAAGAGUGUUUCCGCACAGAAGCUGCAGACUUGGGUCUUGACAACCGCUCCAGGCCUAGCAAAUUGUGUUUCAAAAUAUGUACAAGAAAAACUUCAAGCCUGCGCUACUUCAGAGGACAGGAUGGAUUCCUCUAAUUCUUCAGCUGAUAGUGGUUGCUCCAGUGACGCCUGUGUUACAUAUCUCCUAACACGAGGAAGGGCAUGGGCAAUAUCUCUCGCUAUGAGAGACAGACUGAGCGAAGAAUUCCUAAGGGCAUCUUUUCUUGGAAUAGACUCUAAGAACCUUCUGUAUAGGUCAUCAAUUCAUGGCAAGGGAUUAAGCAGGUUCUGGUCUAACAUUGAAGGUUAUAACGGGCCCUUGGUGAUUUUACUUUCUGCUAAGUCAGCAGAUGCCUCUGAGGGUGACAGCAGCACUGGAAGAUGGGUGAUUGGUACACUAACCGGUCAGGGAUUUGAAAAUAAAGAUACAUUUUUUGGAAGCUCUGGACAACUUUAUGCUAUCAGCCCAAUUUUCCGUGUGUUUUCACCAUCUGGAAAGGAAAAGAACUUCAUAUACUGUCACCUGCAUCCAACUUUACGAGUAUACGAACCAAAUCCAAAGGCUGUUGGCUUGGCAUUUGGUGGAAGUGUAGGAAACGAGAGGAUUUUUAUAGAUGAAGACUUUGCUCGAGUGACAGUUCGUCACCAUGCAGUUGACAAAACUUACCAACAUGGCUCUCUUAUUCCCAGUCAGGGCUUUUUACCUGUUGAAGCUGUAGUUCUGGAGAUUGAAGUAUGGGGUUUUGGUGGGAGGACUGCAAAGGAACAGCAGGAUGCAUACAGAAAAAGAGAGACACUCUUCAGUGAGCAGCGGCGAAAGGUUGAUUUGAAAACAUUUGCCAGCUGGGAGGAUUCCCCUGAGAAGAUGAUGAUGGACAUGGUAUCUGAUCCAAAUGCAGUUCGGCGAGAAGACCGGUAGAUGAAAUCAAACUAAAGUGGUCGAGAAAUAGUUUGUCCAGUAUGGGUAUUGUACAUUCUUGUUCAGCUCAAAUAGGUCUGGUAGCAAAUUUUUGUGCUAGGCCAGUGAUAUAAUCAACACCGAGAUCCAUGUUAUAUAUUUUGAAACAGAGAGUUAAGCUUGCAAGUGAGAGGCUACAAACAUGCCAAUUAAUCAGAUUAUCAGUUUUCAUUAAUGUAUUUGUGAAUUCUACAAUGGAGAG